AUGAAUCCGACAAGGGCAGUCAGCACCAUUCUCAUUAGUUUGCUUAUCACGUUGGUGCUAGCGACACAUUUUGUCUCUUCUCUUACGGUUCCUUGCUCUGAUAUGACCUUCAUUCAUGGAGCAUGUACUUCACAGUCAUCGCUUCAGGUCAACUCCAAAUUCGUGGUUUCCUCCUCGAACCAAUCACAGAUUGUAUCAGCAACCACCGACUAUCAAUCCAUGACUUACGUGGUAGCGAACGCUUUUGACCAAUACGGUUCCUUUUCUUUCAAUGGCUUGAAAAAAGGAGUGUUGUCAAAAGUGAAUAGUGCUGGCAAUGUUGUGUGGAGUAAGAAUUUGAAUGAUUGUGGUCAUAGAGGCUCUGUGUACUCGAUUGGUCUUCUCAGCUCCAACGCCGCUCCUGUCAUUGGUGGAUCUGUAGAAUAUAUCAAUGAAGAUGCUCAACUCAGGUGUGUCUUGGGAGGAGCACUUGUCGAACUUUGGAAUGACACUACCACUCCAAGAGAAGUCUCAUAUAUUGCUACGUUGGAUAAGGAUGGAAAUUUGAAACGUUUGUAUUCCUUGGACCAAUUCAAGGGAAGCAAACUUGCACAGAAUGCGUUGGUGAUCGAUGAUCAAGAUCACAUUACGGUUGGUCAUUCUCUCGUGUUGGAUGGUGCUCUUUCUGAAGAAAAUCCAACAACAUUGACAGUCGACGGCAAGAACAUUUUAUUGACUCAUAAUUUUAAUGCCCUUGUGUCAAAAAUUUCCAACGACACCAACCCUCCCAAAUUGUUGUGGUCCACCAAAGUCUGUGAACAUUCAGAAGGAAGCUCUUGCACGAUUGUAUCGAUGCAUUCUUCAUCGAGUAUUGAUCACAUGAUUGUUGUAAUUCUUUCAGUAUCUGGAACUGUCACUAUUGGUGGUAACACACAAGUCACUUCCGAAGGAUCUAGACCCAAUCUCUUUAUCGUUGUGCUGAGCAAGUACGGAGUGGUACGGUAUGUGAGAAACAUGUUGAAGAGCACUUCUUAUGUGAGUACAGAGCCACUCCGAAUGGAAGUAUCUUCCGGUCAUGCUGCUGGACAAGUGGUUCUGGCCACUACCUGUGAUACAGAUUGUUAUUUGAAUGGACAGAGAAUUGCGAAUGGAAUUUCUAUGUCCUACUUGGAUGUUUUUGCGAUCAAUGUGAAAUGGACCAAAACCUUAAUUACCUUCGAAUAUGGGUCGAUUGGACGCGCUUCUUCUCUCUCUAUGGAUGUUUCAAGAAAUAUUUAUUUGACCAUUGAAAUGAAAGGUUCUUUCAAAAUUGUAGACUCUGCUUCACGAACCAAGACCUUCCAUGGAGCAGCAAACACCAUUCUCCUAUGCAAGAUUUCCUCAACAGAUGGAACUAUUUAUUGGGUUCAGGAUGUUUCACUGGGCCCAAGCGCUUGGAAUGUUCUUGUUCGGCCAACAACAUUUAACAUUCAAGAUAGUUCCCAAAUUGCACCAUCCAAUGUUCCAAUCGUUUUUAAUGAAAUUGUCAACUCGAAUCAAGCCUCCUUCUCGUUCAAGUCGUAUGCUUCAUGUAGUGGACUCGUUCGAGAAGUGAGUCGGUUAGGACCCUUUGGAGGAUCUGGAGGGACCACAUUGACCAUCACCAACAAAGUCAAAUACAUUACCUUUCAAGGAUAUGGUGUCGAUUCCGUCGAAUUUGGAUUCUUUGAUGGAUCUUCUUCAAUUAGGGUUGGAAAUUCGGUCUCUUAUCCUUCUCAAACGAUUACCUUCGAUCCUGACGAAAUUAUCCUUCAAUUAGUCAUCGAAACCUACAAUCAUGGACUUUUUGGCGAGCUUACUACUCUUGGUUAUAUGAAAAUUGUCACUGACAAACAAACCUUUGAACAUGGACGAUCAAAAGAUUAUAAAAGGAUGGUAACGACCAACAUUCCAUCUUCAGAAAAUGUUAUAGGAUGGAUCGUGAGACAUGGUACCUAUAUUGACGCCAUUGGUUACAUCACUGGAGAUGUGAGAGAUGGUCUUCCAAGGUAUUGUGACUGUAAUUCAGGUUUCACCGGAGCCAUUUGUUCAGUUCCUACUUGUUAUGGAAGGUCAAAAUCCGAUACCAAUGCCUGUAAUGGAAUUGGUCAGUGUGUUGGUCCAAACCAAUGUUCCUGUCCUAAUUAUGUCUCUGCAGAUUUCCACAAUUGUCAAUCGUAUGCUUUUUGUAAUAAUCACUCCUCAUUGAAUGCUGCCAACGUUUGCAAUGGACACGGUAUUUGUCGAGUCGUAAGUCCCAAUUCACCAGAUCAAUGCAAUUGUAAUAUUGGGUAUUUUGGAGAGAAUUGCCAAUAUAGUUUCUGCUUUGGAAUUAUGAGCAAUGAUUCUACAGUUUGUUCUGGACAUGGUAAAUGCAUAGGACCUGACACUUGUAAAUGUGACGACAAUACCGUAUACACUGGCAAGCAAUGCUCCAUACCUGUUUGUUAUGGAAUUGAUGCUUUGAAAAGUGCUGUUUGUUCUUCACGAGGUACUUGUGAGAAACCUAAUUCAUGCAAAUGCAAUGACAAUUAUUUUGGAAGUCGAUGUGAAAAUUUCAAUUGUUUUGAUGUUUUCAAGAAUGACUCUACUGUGUGUUCAGGAAAUGGAACUUGCAUGUCCUAUAACAAUUGUACAUGCAAUAAGGGAUAUUCAGGGGCAAUGUGUGACGACUGGACAUGUUUUGGAAUUCCAAAAAAUCAAUCCAACCUUGUCUGUUCAGGAAAUGGUAUUUGCUCAUCCUAUGAUCAAUGUACAUGCAAACCAAAAACUACUGGAAAAGAUUGCAGCAAUUGCACCUCAUUCGCAACAGGUCCUUACUGUGACAAGUGUAUUGACAAACACUAUGGAGAGGACUGUUCCAACACCAUUCUUGGAAAUUUAAACAUGAUUCAAAAAGGAAAUACUUUACAAUUCAAAAUGUCGAGUCAAACCAUGACGCCAUCAAAAUCUGGUAGCAUUGCUUGUGAUAAGGUCAUGUCGAGUAACACUUUGAAAUUCUUUGAUAUAGUCCAAUGUAGUUUCACUCGAGAUUCCUCCUAUACUUAUUUGGAACAGUUCAACUCAACCGUUGUGAAUAACACAGGAUAUAACUACACCAUUACCCUCUCAGGUGACCUCAAUGCCACAUUCAUUCCAAACACAGUAAUGGAAAUUAAUGUCUUGUGCUUGUACGAUCAUGUCAUGAUGAUGAAUUCCAUACCCAUUUACAUCUCCAUGCCAGUCAGUGAUAAAUUAUUACCAUACACAGAACCCACACUCUCAUGGAAAAUCCCCAACGGACAAGGUGAUCUCCUGAACAAGUGUUUUGAGAGUGUGUUAAUUGUCUCCCCUUCUCAGUAUGAAGAGAGACCCUCUUUUAAAUCAUUGGUAUGGCAAGUGAUCACUCCUGGUGCCUCCAGUUUAGUGAAAACACUAUUUCAAAAUGCUCGAGACAAGACCAUGGUGACCAUUCCAUAUGAAAUGACGGUCAAUCGUUUACUGCAACUUUCUGUUACCCUUACGACCGCUUUUGGAAAAACAAAAGUCUUUAACAUUUCUCUUAAUGAGAAUCCCUAUGAAACAUUUGAAAGUGGAGCUACAUUCCAGGUCACUCUCGAGGCUGUUGACAAAGAAUAUCUAUACAUUCCAUUUUCUCAAUUCUCUAAAAAUCCAAACUGUUUCCAGAGCCAACCUCCAAGUGGUUUAAGACUUUCAUCCAGUACAGAACCCUCAUUGCUCGCUUUCCCCUUUGGUACUUCACUCCAGGUCUCUGCAUCAAGUUAUACUCGAACUUUAACGGGAAGAACUCGGCUUGAUUAUUCAAGUUAUUCCUCUUCACUGUACAUUUUGAUUGAUUUAACUUUGAAAAUUAGAGAACCAAGUAUUGUAUUGGCAUCCAAUUUGGUAAGCUCACUUACCUCUUCGAUUCAAGUGACAUGUCUAGAUUAUUACAAUGCAAAUCCAAAACAUGUUGUCCAUGUCACGUGUUUAGAUUGUAGCAACAAGAUGCGGAUUUCUCAACAACUGCCAAAGAAUUCUAAAACAUCCUCAUACGGUCUCAUUAGUUUAUCUCAGUUAGGCACUUUAGUUGGAAGCCAUUUACUUUCUAUCAAAUGUUCAUACUCUACUUUUGAUGAAUCUUACUUUACUGGAGUUGUGACUCCAGUGGUAUUUGUCCCUUCAGAAGGAAUGAUAUCCACAAAUGACAAUUGUCAAAUUAUUUCUGCAGGUUUUAAAAAUCAACUUUCCAAGAUACCUUACACAGAAGACGAAUUAACCUAUAAUUUAGAAGUUGUCAUGUCCUCUCAAAAUUGUAAAUUAAGUUCUCUGACAGUGACCAAAACGCAACCUUCCUCUGAUUCAAUCCUUCUCGCUCAAGAUUUGAUACUUCCAUAUUUAUUUAAUUACAUUCCUAUCCGAAUCAAAUCUAAUUCCAUUCAAUUAUCUAAUUCUAGAACUGGUUCAUUCGCUCUUGGUCCUGAAAAUGUUUUCGAGAUAAUUUCUUCCGCGAGUGGCACAACAAGUUCUUCCAAAAAGGUUUCAUUACAAACAGAACCAAAGCCCAUGGACUCUGCUAGCUUUUCAUGUAAAGUUUCAACCUAUUAUCCGGAAUUGGGUCAAUCAGUGACUCUCUCUUGCUCUAUGGCUUCAGCGACAUUGUUUACAGGUAGUUCCUUUGCGGUAUUUAUUGGAUCUUAUCAAGUCACACCAAGUUUCAACUCUUUUCCAAUCAGCUUUACUGUACUUUCUGCUGGCAAUGUGUAUUUACAAAUCUCUUCUCCACAUGGAAGUGUGAACAUGCAUAAUUUAGGGUCAUUGUUCUAUGUUUAUUAUUCAAUGAGUUUUUCCCGUUAUCAACAACAGGCAGUGAACACGCUGUCCAGAUACAAGAAUCAAAUUUCCUCUCCAUGGGCUGCAAAAGAAUUUAUGAGAGAGAAUUCAAUUGUCUCAGCGUUUGUCAUUAAUUUGAAAUACUCAAGUGGCUCGGAUUUAGGUCCAUUGGUCAGCACCUCAUUAGAAAUCAUGUCCACUGCAUUGAAAUUAAUUUUUGAUGAAAUGUUCAACCAACCUGGUAUCAUUUCCGUUCAGAAUUUUAAUUAUCACUUGCAACAAGUCUAUGUAUUAACUCAGAGAAGAGAAUUCAUGUUACCCAAUGGUGUCAUUGCUGUUAGAGAUGUUUUGAAAUCCUUAUUCUCUUUCAUGCAAACUUCUCCAAAAUCAUGCAUUCAUAUUCUCACUCCAAAGAAUAUCAAAAUGUUAGGAACCAUCGUUAAAAGGUUUAGUAACAUUCUCGAAGGUACAGAAGAAUCACAUUCUCUCACAAAAUCGUUUCUCGAGUUGGUAUUGUCUCGUUCUUCGAUGGAAGUACUGACCACUAGUGAAAUGUGGGAUGGAAAUUUGAGUGGUGUUGGACAAACUCCUCUUGCGUACGGUUCUGUAGUGAGAAGUGAUGCUUUGGAUCAAUUUGUGUUGCGUUCUCAACGAACUAAUUCGGAAUUGGUGAGAUUUAGCUCGGAGAAUUUCAAAUCUUUAGAUCUCUUACUUGAAAAAUCCAUGGUGUUGCAUUAUCAAGUGAUGAACAUUUCAAAUCAAGUACUACCAGAAGAAAAGGAAAAGAAUGGUUUUGUGGCGCAGGUGAGUCUGUCUGAUGUCACGUCGACCUCAUCCUCUGCUCCAAUGACGAGUGAUGGACCAGUGGUGUUUAUUUCCAUUCCAAUUACAUCCACGAAUUAUUCCACAUUAAGAAAUGAGAAAGUCAUUGAGUGCUCUGUAGUAUUCACCAAUACCAUGUUGGAGGGUAAGCUUUCAUCAUCAUGGGGCUCAGGUAAUAGUGUGUGCAAAUUUGAGGGAGUGUCACAAGUCACAUUGGCAGAGAUGGGUAAUGUUUCAAUGGCUAAUUGUUCAUGUAAUUUGAACAAAUUGAAUAAUGCAGCUGCCACAAGGAGCAAUUCCAUGACCUUAAUUAAGGAUGGACUAUUUUCAAUUUUAUCUAUUUCCCAGUCGACCGACAGCAGUAACAAUGUUGGUGUAGGAGUUUAUAUUUACGAUUCGAAUGCAGUGGCUCUUGCGCUUGGACUAACCUUUGGUUUGUUUUUGCCGCUGAUACUGUGUGGAAUUGGAAUUGCAGCUGUUGUGACAGUAAUCUUUGUGUUGUACAAGAAGCGAAUGUUUACUUUUGCAAAUAUAAAGAAGAAAGAAGAAACAUCUCAAAAAGAACAGCAUGUGGCCACGGCAGAGGUUGUACUUCCUCAAACGGAACUCGAAGAAAAGAAUACCAACGUGUAA